CGCGCUUGGUGACGAAACAGCGUCAAAAUGGCGGACAAAGUGCUUUGUGGGAGAGUGCACAUUAAUAAUUAAUAAUAUGAAAUGAACGAUCAGGUUGAAUUCUAAUCCAAUAAACAAUGGCAUCUAAGGUUGUCAAAGUUGAACAAGUAAAUGGUUUUCCAGGAGGUCGGAGGGACCAGCACAAUCCAUUUGAACGAUCAAAAACAAACCAGACUGUUUCAACUGAACUUCUGGCUUAUGGUACAGACUCAUCACUGCUGCCACUAAGCAGACAAGAUGAAGAUUUGUAUGAAGAUGAGGUUGAAGAUGAAACACAAGACAAACUGUAUCCAUUACCGGAAAACUGGCCAAAGCUUCCUCAGAUAUUCCGGCGACGCAGUUGCGAAUUAACAACAACAACAUCUCCCUGCGUGAACAAGGCAGUCUCACAUUUAGAACUUCUGCAGAAUGUAAUUGAGGACUGGAGCCAGGAGAAAGAAGAAGAAAUAAAAAGCAGACAGGCCACAGCUAGAGCAUCAAGGAAAGAUGUACGUUUUUCUGAGUCACGGGAAAGUUCUAGGGGCGGUCUGGUCAGUGCAAGCUCCACACGAGACUCGACACGGAGCACACCUCAACUGUCUGUACAGGGCCUAGGCUUUAAAGAAGAACCAAAAGAAGUGGCAGUUGACACAUCAGUACCAUACCUAGGUGCAGAGCAGGCCAUAGAAGAGGUUAUGACACUUUUGGCACGUCUUGAGAAUGAUCGUCAGGAAACAGAGAAAGCCCUGGAGAGGGAGAAAGAACGUGUGAUUAGACUUGGUGCUAAAAUAGACUUUCACUGUCACCGUAGAAUGAAAGAACUACCAGCUGUGGUGCAGAAAGAACAUGAGGAGUGUAUAAUGGAUAUAAAUGAGUUACAGUGGCAUGUAGCAUACAGUACCCGGAACGAAGCCAGGAUCAAGGACAGGGUGGAUAUAGCUGAAGUGUUAAACAAACGACUCAAGGAAGAUAUUGAAUUUGUAAAGAAACACAUACCCCUUGUUGAGGAAAAAUUAGAGCUUGAGUUGGAGGCCAUGUCAAAAAUAAGAAAUGCACAGAGAGAUACAAAUCAAGAGCUAGACAAUACAAAAAAUCGUCAGGAGAAAACGGAAGCAAAAAGCAAUGAAGCGACAAAUAAAGCAGAGAAAGAAAGAGGACACAUUAAAAGAGAGCUGGAUACUGUCAGAGAUGCUCUUUCCACAAUCAAUGAAGAGUUAUCCGAGGCAAAGAUGACAUUCAAUGCUUACAAUCACCAGAUAAAUGAAAUCACUCAACAGUUAAAGGAUAAUGAACAAGAACUUAAAGUUCUCGAAGUCAAAACUGAAAACGCUAAGGUUGCUGUAGAGAUGCAAGAAGCAAAGGUCAAGGAUAUAAGCCAAAAGAUUGAAGACUCAGAGUAUGAACAUGCCAGGCUUGAUUCAGAGAAUGCCAGGCUUGCGUCAGACCUCAAAGUCAAGAAACAACAAUAUGCACAAAUAAUUGGAGAUUUAGAACUCAGCAUAAAGGUUCGUGACAGUCGUCUGCGGCAGGUUAACCUCAGAAACCAAGAAGUGAAAAUGGAAGUGCAAGACUACAUAGACAAAAAGAACGAAUGGUAUGCUGAUGGUAUUUGA